AUGAGAGAUUUCAACGCGAGUUUGACAAGCGAUUUGGAGCCACUCGAGAAGAAGAAACGAGGAUCUCUAAAGGAAUUUCAGCACUCAAAUGAAAAGAAAACCUUCGCCGGUCCAUCAGUCUCCUUGCAAGUUCCACAAUCGGCCACUCAACUCACGAAAGAACAGCCGGCUAAUAAAGAAAUGAAAAUUAAACAGGUCUCCUUCUCGAAUCUGGCCGCUGAUGCUUCAAAAAGUGUCGAAAAUCCACCGCAAAUGCUCGUCAAAUCGUCUUUUUCCUACAAGCUGAAAAGGAGUUUCGAGGUGGCGGCGAAAGUGAGGACAUCAUUGGACACUUCAAUGGCCAGGAAGAAUCUCGGUGAUCGUGUUGAUGAAAAACCUUUCAACUCAUCCAAGCGAUACCAUCAAAGCCAAAGCCUUUGCUGCAAAAAAGAACAGAUCUUUGCCACUCCAUUGCCAACCGGGAAAACCCUGAGAACACCGCUUCUCGAUCUGAAGAAUAAACCGAUGCCAUCUCAACACUUCUCCCAGCCCAGGACUGAGCCUAAAAACGAGAAAGUGACAACCUUUGUCACUCCUUUGAGGAAACUGGAGAGAUCACACGCUUCACAAGUCGUCAUUGAUGUUCCGAAUACUCAACAACGACCACCACCUGACCGCUCUCAACUCUCACAAAGAAACGCCGUUGGACACUUUCAACCAAGG